AUGCCGAAUACAAAUAGUAAUUUUGUUAUGCUUUAUCAACAAUGUUGGUUACGUGAACCUGAUGAAAGGCCAGAUAUAAAUCAAGUAAUUUCAAAACUUAAUAGUAUUACAAUUCUGAAAAAAACUGAAAAGGAUUUGUUAUAUUUUUCAACUCAUAAAAUAUUUGAGGAAGAGCCAGAUCAUAUUCCAAGCCGUUUUGAAUUAUUAGAUUGGAUUCAAAAACCAUUUUCCAAAAAGAUAGAUAUUCCCAAAAUGAUAUACGAACUUUACAUACGACCAACCCUUUCUGAGCAAGAUUCGAAUAAAUUUUUUCAGAGUUCAAAAGAGUUUUCCUUUCGAGUGAUGAGUGAUAUUAUCGCUAUAAUUUAUCCACCCAUAACUGGUUAUACCGAAGACUCUUUCCACUCAUUUUGGGAUGCAGUUAUCAUAAAACCCAUUAAUCUCGCAUGCCCUAAGGGAAAAUUUAAUCGAAAUUCGUCAGCUCAUACAUCUACAAAAAAGUUACGUCCUGACUUUUCAUAUACGUUGGAUGGUGCUUGCCUAGCAAGAGGAGAAGAAAAAGGUUUAAAUACUUAUAAUGACCCAGCAGAAGAAUUAACAUCGAAAUUAAUAUGGACGUACGAACGUUGCUCCUAUAUAUUCGGUUACUAUGCACGUGGCUUCGAUGUGACUUACUGUUAUUUAUAUAAUGAAGAAAAUAAGAUAUAUCGGAAAGACUUGGUCACAUGUGAUCUUCAAACAUUACUUGGGCGUAUAAAUGCUUUCAUAAUCGGAAUAAAUAUUGGACGAUUAUUACCACUUAUUCGCAAAAGCCUAAGUGAUUCUUUCCAUUGGGAAUUUUAUACGAUUCAUCGACCAAAUUCUGGCAAGAUUAUCGAGUUAAUGCAAAAUGUAGUGGUGAAACGCUACUUGAAAGUAGAUUGUCUUGCGAAACUUGAGAAAAUUUAUAGGGAAAUGGAUAAGAAACAAGUUCCUUACAUUGAUCACAUCGUUGAAAUUAACAAGGGGGAGAAUGGAAGGACUCCCAACAUUAUAUUUUCACCAAAGGGCACGUUACACAAACCAACUUCGGAGAAGCAAUUAGUAAUUGCUUUGUAUUGUGUUUUAUCAGCGCUAAAGGUUCUUCACAAAAUAGGAUAUAUACACCAGGAUAUCCGAUGGGAAAAUGUGUUAAAAUAUAUUGAUCGUAACAUUUGGUUUAUCAUCGAUUUCGAAGAUGCAUCAGAAUAUCCUGCAUUAGCUCUUCAACACUUGGAUAAAUCCAACCAUUCGCCAGAAGUUUUUAAUGAUUUACAUUGUGAAAGUGUUGAUAUGUGGUCCGUAGGAUAUUUGAUCAUGUCAGCUUCUGUUGAACUUCCAAGAAAUGAUAUAUUAAAAAUAUAUGCAAAAGAUUUGAUGAAAGGUAAUACAUCUGAAUCAGCUGAAAUGGCUUUACGGUUUCUCUGGCAAAAUUAUCGAGAAUUUCUUACAAAUGAAGGGUUUAUUGAGUAA